GUUUAAAGCGGUUUCAAGGGGAGCGUAAUUUAAACAAACACCUUACGUACUGUAGUUUAGGCUUAGGCAAUAUUAUUGCCCAAAGUGGAAAUAUCGAAAUCAUAUUUGAAGAAGCUUGAAAGCAUGAUCACAUUAUUCGAUUGUGUUCGUUUGGUUGGCGUUUUAUUGGUGAUCGACAGCCUAAAAACAGCGUGUUUCAGUGAAGGAAGAAAUUAAUUGAAACAGGUACCCCAAAUUGUUACUUACAACGGAAAAUGUAACUAUGGUGGCAGCUAUUUUCCAGCGGAACAAACUCUUCCUUGUACUGGUAGUGUUUCUUUUCCUAAUAACAUUUUUCAUUUUAACCGAACCAAACCCCCCACAAGACGAAUCCGUGGAACUGAUUUCUCUGGGCAUUGAAAACUCGAAAAUCCAACAAUGGUGGAUGAGGAGAAACGCUUCGAAGAAUCUCUCAAAGCUCGGUGAGAUUCUGUUCUUGGAAGCUGCCGAACCUGCGGUCAAAGACAGUAAUAAACGGUAUCAAAUUUUGGUAUGGAAAUAUGGACCCACAAUCGAAAAUCGACAUCUAAAGCAGUUUUCUGGACAAAGGAUAGAUCCCUUUGAAUACUGCUCGGUAAAAAACUGUGAUAUAACGUACAAUGAUAGUGAUACAAAGUCGGCAGAUAUCGUGAUAUUCCAUUUGCAUCGAAUCACAGGACUGGCCGAUAUGCCGGCAAGAAGCGAUCCAAAGCAAAUCUGGGCCUUUCUAACCGACGAAAGUCCUUUUCAUACCUUUAUGGGCUCCAAAAAUAAACUUAAGGAAUUUAACGGUUUAUUUAACUGGUCUAUGACUUACAGAAUGGACAGCGACAUUCCAGUGCCGUACGGGCGAACCGUAUUCAGAAAAGAUCCGGCUUAUCUGCAAGUCGCACAGCCGAUGGGUAAAAGAAAGGACGUUUUGGUUGCAGUGUUGGGCUCAAACUGUGGAGGACAGAACCAUAGGUGGAAAUAUGUGAGUGAACUGCAGAAAUACCUUAAAGUGGAUAUCUAUGGUGGGUGUGGAACUUUAAAGAAACAAUGCCCUGGACACUUUGGAACAGACUGUCCAGCCAUCAACGACUACCUGUUCUACUUGUCCUUCGAAAAUUCGAACUGCGAUGAAUACAUAACGGAGAAACUAUGGUGGAAUGCCUACCAAAAGAACUCCAUACCAGUAGUGAUGGGUUCGACUCAAGCCACCUACAAAAAACUGCUACCUCCUGAUUCCUACAUCAAUGUUGAUGACUAUGCAAGUCCUCAAGUUCUGGCCAAUUAUCUGCUGUGGCUCAACGAAACCGCCGAAUACACGAACUAUUAUCGAUGGAAAAACUACUUUGAGAUUCGCAAUGAGCAUGGCUAUUUCCAGAGCAAGUCCUACCAUUAUUGCAGAAUUUGCCAGGCCAUGAACUACAACGACAAGUCGAUGAAAGUCUAUAAUAAUUUGGAGAGUUUUUGGAGCACCAAGAAGGAUUGUCAUCCAGCUUGGGACGAAGGACAGGACGAGAAAUAAACGCUUUUGUGAGUUUACUUUCUCAUCGAUCAUAUAAAGAGGCAAAUAGUGAGAGUUUGGACAAGGAUGUAAAUAAAAAUCCUAGUUAAGCUAAA